ACAUUAAACUAGAUUUUAUGGUUUCAACAUUGUUUGUAAUUUGGCAUUUUGACAGGUUGUAUGAAUCUGUUGGUUUGCUCUGUUUUUCUUGCACUUUAACAGAUUGCUUAAAGGUCACAUGUAAUAAAUUGAUCAAAUUGAGACCCAGAGUGCGACACACAGAGCCAGAAGUUCUGUACAUGCAUAUACUGUAUGGAAGGGAAAGGCGGUGGAUUUAUGCACUGCAAUAAAAUCCACAGCACCUUUAUAACUUAAAUUAUUGGAUAAGGCCAAAAAAAGAGUUGAAUAACAUAAUCUGCUUCCGUAAAGUUACUGUAAGCUUAACAAACAAACCAUAAAUAUUUCACAAUCAAACAAAUCACAAUUCUGGUAAAGCAGAUUUAUCUCAGAUGACCUGUUUAGAUAAAACAUCCAGGGCUUUAAAAGUUGUCUUGUAUUUAUAGCUGGUCCAUUGAUGUUUCUGUUAUUUAAGGGUGAUGAACCAUUUUUGCCCAUAGAGUAAACUUCAUCUUGUCUAUUUGAAAACUUUGUUUUUUACAUUAUAAAAUACAGGAUAAUGGAUAUGCACAUGUUUUUCGUACUUUGGAUUUUUGUGAUGCCUUAUUUCACAGACACAACAACAGCUAAAGCUACAAAUCUCGCUUUAUAUGGCAAGGCCACACAGUCGGACCUGGUUGGGAAUCCUGGGGCAGCAUUUGGCCAUGCCAGUAAUGCUAUUGAUGGCAAUCGUGACUCACAUUAUGAACAUGGAUCCUGUACUGCUACUAUUAUCCAAGAUGACCCAUGGUGGAGGUUAGAUUUACUAGACAAGUACGUAGUGACCGCCAUAACUAUCACGAACAGAAAAGACUGCUGUCCUGAAAGGCUUGACGGAGCCGAGAUACGAAUCGGAAACUCUCUGCUGCACAACGGCAACAGCAAUCCAUUGGCUGGAAAGAUUUCAUCCAUUCCAGGUGGGAGAUCCCUCACUUUCAAAUGGGAAAAAGGCAUUCCAGGCCGUUACAUCAAUGUGGAAAUACCUGGUCGUAAUCGGCUUCUUACUCUCUGUGAGGUUGAGGUUUACGGUUAUCCAGCUCCUGAUGGUGAAAAUGUGGCUUUAGGAGGAGUAGCUACUCAGAGUUCCCUCCACUCAUAUGGCUUUGCAUCCAAUGCCAUUGAUGGGAACAGAGAUGGUGUUUUCGGUCGUGGAUCUUGUACCCACACUGCAUCAGAGGUCAAUCCCUGGUGGAGACUGAACUUACUGAAAAGACACAAAGUGUUUUCAGUGGUUAUUACAAACAGAUUAGACGGGGUUCCUACAAGACUAAAUGGGGCAGAAAUCAGAAUUGGAAACAGUCUGGACCACAAUGGCAAUAAUAAUCCCAGGUGUGCUACGAUCUCUUCCAUUCCUCCUGGGUUUUCCACCUCUUUUGACUGUGAUGGGAUGGAAGGACGUUACAUUAAUAUUGUUAUUCCAGGACGGACAGAAUAUCUUACACUGUCUGAGGUUGAAGUGUACGGAUCACCACUGGAUUGAGAAGAACUUGAACAACAGGAUGUAGAAUAUAUAUAUAUAU